UUCUCUCUCUCUCUCUCUCUCUCUCUCUCUGGAUUCUGUAACAAACCAACGCAGUGAAGAGACACGCCACACCGAAUCAGAAACAACACGAGAGAAAUAACACUUUGCUUGCUGGCACGUUCUCUUUCAGUGGUCCCUUCUCCUUUUCCUUCUUCUUCUUCUUCUUCUUCUCGGAACCGCACCAUUCACUCUCUUAAACUUUCUUCUUCUGUAAACAACAAGGAUUGUUGUUCUUAAUCUUGUUGGGCUCCAUCUGCAUAUCUCAUCUCCCAUCUAAUGGCCAAUGAAAGUGUUGAAUCACAAGUGACCCCAGAAGUAACUAAGUCAUCUAGGAUUGGAAUAAAAGGGCAUUCUGAUGGCAAAGCUAGUUAUGGAAACAGCGAUGAAAAAAUUGUUCCCCAUUAUCUCAGAGCCUCCACUGGUUCUUGUCAUGAUUUUUGUAAAUAUGGGAGGAAGCAUGAAUUUGAAUCGAAGGAAAGACGUUCUAUACCUAAUAGAGCUACAAGAAAACAGCUUUACCACAGUUCUGACGAUAGCAAUGGCAGGACAAUAGCAUUGGUUGCUAGGCUCAGGGCAUCGGUUGAUUCCGAGGCAAUGAAGGUGUCAAUGGACAAACUCCGAGAAUCAGUUGAUUCCAAGACCUGGAUUUCUGAUACCUCUGUCUCCUAUAAGCAGGACCUGUCAACAAAAUCAUUUGACAGCCAAAAAGAAAUAGGGAAUGAAGUUCUGGUAAACAGGAAGAAAUCAUCAUUGGUCAAGGUCAAACCAUCGCUCCUUCUGAAGACCCAUAAAUCUCCACCAACAAGACAGGAAACUUCAAUUAAGGAGAUCCAAUCUCCAUCAAAAUCAGUUUCCAAAAAGGUGGGAUCUCCAUUGAAAUCAACUUCCAGAAAGGUGGAAGCUCCAUCAAAAUCAACUCUCAAUAAGUUGGAAACUCCAUUGAAAUCAACUUCCAAUAAGGUGGCAAAUCCAUCAAAAUCAACUUCCAAGGUCAAAACUUCAUCAAAACCAACUUCCAAUUUGGUGGAAACUUCAUCACAGUUAUCUUUUUUAAAAGGUAAAGAAACCAAAUUGUCUGAAAAAAGUGUGACCACUUUAAAUACAAGCAAUGUCAGAAGGAAGCAAGUAUCAUCUACGAAUUCCUCAGAAGGCUUUGAUGGCCCAAAAAAUAGUAAGAUCAAGAUGGUAAAGGGGGCCUCCUCCUCCAAAGAAGCUUCAAGAAAACUGAUAACACCUUUAAGGACUUUAUCAUCCCCCAGACCUUCCCUUAAAAGAGUCGCAAGUAUAAAUUCAAGAAAGCCUAAGAGCCUGAAAAUUGUAUCUCAUCUUAAGAAUCAGCAGACUGCCAAAAAGGUUGAACUUGAGGAACACAACAACAAUGAGGUGGAGGAGAAGACCUUGUAUGUCGUCAAGAUGGAAAGUGAAAAUAAAACUUUGCCAUCUGUUCAAAAUGGAAGCUAUGAUGAUGAAUCCUACCUCCCUCAGUUGUCAUCACCUAAGUCUUCAGUAUCCUCAAUUUCUCAAUCCUUAUCGAAAGAAGACCAAGAGGAAUCUGAAUAUACAACUAGUGAAUUUGACCAUGAUUCUUUUUCAGGAAACAAUGAAAUUGAACAUGUGGAAAAUGAGGAGACAUUGGAAGUUAAUGAGAAAGACAAACCCAAAAAGGAUGGUGUUGUUUGUUCCGAAGACGAGGACAGCCAAAUGAUUAAAUUGAAGUUCAGAAGGGGAAAGGUGAUUGACAAUCAAAUUGAAAUAAGUAGCCCAAGGAGGCUUAAAUUUCGGAGAGCAAAAGUGUCGGCAGAGAAAGCAAAUGUUAAGGGCAACGCCCAAAGGAAAAGUUUUAAAAGAAGAGAUGGAGCAGGUGCUGAUAGCAAUGGUGCUACAACUGGUCCAGAGAAGGUUGUUUUGAGACACCAAGAUAUGCAGGACAAGAAAGAUGCACAAGGAUUGUUAAAUAAUGUAAUUGAGGAAACGGCAAGUAAACUUGCUGAAACUCGGAAGAGCAAGGUUAAAGCAUUGGUUGGUGCCUUUGAAACUGUAAUCUCUCUUCAAGAGAAAAAGCCUUCUGCAAACACUGUCAGUUGAUGGAGUUUGAAUAAAAAUUUUCUAGCUUUUUCAUUUGUUUUGUAAAGAAAAUGGUAGGAAAAUAAACCCAAGCUUUGGUUGAUAGAUGUGAAGCCAACAAGCUGAAGGUACUGCAGAAAGUAGAGAUAGAUUUGCCUUGAGUUGUCUUUUGAAACUCUGCUUGUAGAGUUGAAAGGGGGAUUUUGUGUUGGGAACUUACCUUAACUUUCACCAAAAACUUUUUGGAUGACAUACUUCUCAUUCUGUUUUGGAAAUCCAUACCUAGUGUGAUUGAUUUGUAUCUUUUGAUUUUGAAUAAAGUAUAAUAAAAUGAUGCCAAUGACUUUGAGCUUU